AUAUAAUUUAUUUGAAAAGUAUAUGAAAAAAAACUCUAUUUGGUAAAUUUCAGCGAGUUUUCUGAACAGUGUCAUUUUGUUAGGCGUAAAUAAUAUUCAAUCUGGCGGAAAUUAGAAUUACUUCUGGAAACCCUGUACCGUUCAUUCUUUUUGUUGUUGAGAGUGAAGUAGUGAACUGAACUGCCUAGUUAUUUUUCGUUCUCGUUCAUCGGUCGUUUCCGUUCGACGAAUUGAGUGCGACACGUAAAGCGGGUGUGUGCGAAAGUAUGAAGUGAAAUCGUACAAAAAGUGUGUGAAAUGUUUAGUGUUAGUAUAAAUUGUGAUUGUAAUCCAAAAUGAGUGCGAACGGAUAGCUGUGGUUACUUUUUCGGUUGAUGUAACACUGUUAUAGUGGUCGUACACGUAACAUUUUGUAGGAACAGUUUCAAAAUGGCUGUGUUUUGAAGGACCCUUUGUCCGCUUUCGUGUUCUUCUUUCAGCAUGAUAGUGGGAUCGUACUGUCACAAUUUUGAUUUUGAGAGGUGAGGAAGAUGCUUUACUAAGUUGUAGUGGUCUUUGUGUAGAAAGGUGAAGAGGAAAAUUACUGGUUCCCGCCGAAGAGCGGUGUCGGUCGAUUGCUUUCUACGCAAGCGAUACCAAACGUUAUCUUGCAACGUGGAAUGCAUGUCAUGUACACGGAGCCGCCGGCGCAAUAUCGCAGCAUUCAGCCCCAAAGCACUCAGUCUGAGCACCAGCCGGCCUCGCCGCCGCGCCACCAACCAGCCAAGAAGCGACGCGUGCUGAGCCCAGCGCCUGCGCCUGCGCCCGCACACCACACGCUAUCACACACGCAACCGGACAACGCCAGCUACAAGAACAAGUGCUGGUCGAACGCCGCGCCCGGCUGCUGCGGCGCGCCCGUCGUGCCGAGUCGUGCGUGCAAUGCGGAGCGGUCCCCGCCGCCCGCGCCCCCGCCCGCUCCACCCGUGCACUGCGCCAGACCGUGCUGCCGAGACACGACUGUUGGAGAUAACAGUGACCAGCGACGGAGGCAGGAGGCGAGCCUGGUGGGCGGCGGCGCGGGCGCGGCGAGCGCGCGGCACAAGACGGCACCGCAGGCCGCUACGACGACGGCCCACAGCAAGCAGCUGGCGGCGGGCGGGGCCAACCACCCGCCCCAGCCGCAAGGUAACCACAAACGGUCCGGCUGCGGUGGCGAUGGCGACUACCAGCUCGUGCAGCACGAGGUGCUCUACUCCUCGUCCAAUAGGUACGAGGUGUUGGAGUUCCUCGGACGGGGCACCUUCGGUCAGGUGGUGAAGUGCUGGAAGAAAGGCACCAACGAGAUAGUGGCCAUCAAGAUCCUCAAGAACCACCCCAGCUAUGCUCGCCAGGGGCAGAUUGAGGUGUCCAUCCUGUCGCGCCUAUCGCAGGAGUCGGCGGACGAGUUCAACUUCGUGCGCGCGUACGAGUGCUUCCAACAUCGGUCGCACACGUGCCUCGUAUUCGAGAUGCUCGAGCAGAACCUCUAUGACUUCCUGAAGCAGAACAAGUUCUCACCGCUGCCGCUCAAGUACAUCAGGCCGAUACUGCAGCAAGUGCUCACUGCGCUGCUCAAGUUGAAGCAACUGGGCUUGAUCCACGCCGACCUUAAGCCCGAGAACAUAAUGCUGGUGGAGCCGGCGCGGCAGCCGUACCGCGUGAAGGUGAUCGACUUCGGCAGCGCCUCGCACGUCAGCAAGGCGGUCUGCAAUACUUACCUGCAGAGCAGAUACUAUAGAGCACCGGAGAUAAUCCUGGGGCUCCAGUUCUGCGAAGCCAUCGACAUGUGGUCUCUGGGCUGCGUGGUCGCGGAACUGUUCCUGGGCUGGCCUCUGUACCCAGGCUCGUCCGAGUACGACCAGAUCCGGUAUAUAUCGCAGACGCAGGGGCUGCCCACGGAACAUAUGCUUAACAGCGCGAGUAAAACGGCCAAGUUCUUCUAUCGCGACGUAGACAGCACGUACCCGUUCUGGCGGCUGAAGACUCCGGAAGAGCACGAGCUGGAGACCGGUAUCAAGAGCAAGGAGGCCAGGAAGUACAUCUUCAACUGCCUCGACGACAUCGGACAGGUUAACGUACCAACGGAUCUUGAAGGCGGCCAACUGUUGGCGGAGAAAGCAGACAGAAGGGAAUUCAUUGAUUUACUAAAGCGAAUGCUUACUAUGGACCAGGAAAGGAGGAUAACGCCAGGCGAAGCGCUAAACCACGCUUUUGUAACACUGGCGCAUUUAGUCGACUACGCGCACUGCAACAACGUCAAGGCCUCCGUACAAAUGAUGGAGGUUUGCCGUCGCUCCGGCAGUGGCGUGGGUGGCGUGGGUGCCGGCGAGUACGUGAGCGGCGUGGGCGGCGUGGUGGCGCCCGCCCCGCCCACCGCCCACCACCUGGCUCUCAGCAUCAACCAGCAGCGGCUGAGGGCAGCGCCCUACGACAACCUGUACCAGUUGUACCAAGGCGGUCGAGUGGCCGUGGGCGGGGCGAGGCAGUACGCAACUAGAGCUGCCGAGCCGUUCCCGCACCAAUUCGUGUCGUCUAUACUCUGCCAGCCAGCUUAUCAGGUGCAGCAGUUAGCAGCUGCCGCUGCAGCUGCAGCCGCCGCCCACCACCAGCACGGCGUGGGCGUGGGCGGCGUGGGCGUGCCCGACCACGGCGUGGGCGUGGGCGUAGGCGAGUGGCGAGCUCCCUUGAUAGUGGAGCCCGCGCCUUUACCCGAGCCCGAUGUAUGGGAUGCCUUUCAUCCGCACCACCCUCACCACUCCCAUAAGAGAUCGACCAAGCAGCAGGCAGGCGCCGUGCCGCACUAUCAACCGCACCAUCAAACGCAUCAAUACAGCAGCAUGGCGAGUAGCGGCGGCAAGAAGGAGCCAACACAGCUAUCACCUGUCAAGAAACGAGUCAAAGAAGGCACGCCACCUUCGAGGCACAGGCAUCACGACCAUUCGAACGGACGGAUAGUGAACUCGAACAACGGCUGGGAAUCGAACGCGGUCGUAACCGCCAACACUGCGGCCGUCGUGACCAACAACAGCAACAAUAACUGCGGCGCUUCUCACACUAUCACGAUACGCGACACUCCUUCACCGGCCGUGUCAGUGAUCACCAUAUCCGACUCGGACGACGACGCCGAGCAACCGACCCAACAACAUAAUAGAGGCGGUGAAUGUUCGCAAGCCGCUACGGUGGCGCCGUCCGCGCCGGCCGCGGUGAUAUGCAGCGCGCGCUCGCCGGGCGACAAGCACGUGAAGCACGAGCCUUGCCCCCAUCACCACCAGCCACAACAGCAACACCAACAGCCGCACCAUCAACAAGCGCAACCCCAACAGCCUCAACAGCAACCGCAACAGCAUCAGCAACAAACUCGCGCGCCCGUUCAACCUCACGCGACGCCUCAGAGUCAGAAGAAACGAUUGUUGGCACUCGCGCAACAAGAGGCGCAGGCCAAGCGAGAACCGCAUGCUGACCCGCCGCCUCACCACACUGCGAGCGGCGCGAGCGUGCGUCAGACGAACGACUACCAGUGCAAUCAGUACGUGCCAGCACAACACAACAAAAGGGAUAGCAGUGGCGGCUGCCGCGAGUACAUGUCGGCAGUGGGCGUUAGUGGCCCAUCGUCCGGCGCCGGCGUGGGCACUGUGGGCCCGCCCGCCGCCCACAAGCACCCGCCUCACGCGUGGGCCCACCACCCGCACGCCCACUACAAAACGGGUAGCGGCGGAGUGCUAUCGCCGGGUGGAGGUGUUUCCCCUGGCUAUUUACCCCCGCCUCUAUACGUACCCACUUAUCAUUAUCACACGGGCGGCGUAGGCGGCGUAGCAGGCCCCCCUCCAGCGCACCACGGCUCCGGAGCCCGACUACCCGGCUACCUGCAGCCCUAUUCACCCACAUACCUCGUACACCCCGCUCAUCCUGCUCACCCUGCUCAUCCUGCCCACCCUGCUCAUCCGGCGCAGCAUCAACAACACUUGUGGUACACAGACUGAAUGUAGUACAACCCAUGAAGAAUAUGAAAUUAAACGACGGUGUUACUACAAGAAUUGAACUCGCGAUUUCUGGAAAAUUUGAAGCAUUUACAACACCUUACAGUACACGGACUGAAGAUCGAACGCUGUUUGGAAAGACACGAUGGUAUUAUUACAAGAAUAACUUGCGUUGAAGGUUGAGAGUCACAGUGAUUGAAGAUCGAACGCUUUCUGAACUAAUUUGAUCGAAUUACUAGCGUUUGUUAUUGGAAAUUCUUGGGUAAUUUGUCGAUUGUCGAUGUAUAUCAACCGCAGUGAUUAAAAUUUUCGAUUUUUUAGAUAGUAGAGGCUUCUGUGUGUACCUUUAUCUAAUUGGAGAGUUUAAAUUCGUCUUAUAUAGUCUACUUAUGAUAACGUUAAUUAUUUGCAAUUACAAUUGAUGUACAAUGUGUAUCGAAAAUAACUAAUAUUAGUUUUGAUACACAAUGUGGUUGUAACUUAUUUUUGUGGUACUACCGUCGAUUUGAUUUAAUUAGGCGCUAAAGUUGUAUUGUGCUUCUUUAAGAGGUAUGCGGGGUAGUGUUUAUAGUGAAUAUUUAUAACUUAAGUUUAUUUUCAAAUCACCGGGAUGUUUGGUAGUUGUACAAUAUGUUCCGCUAACAAUAAGUUAGUUUUUUUUAUUGUAAUAUACUUUUUGAAUCCUAAUUUUCAUGCGUUCUCAGUAAAGAAGCGGUUUAGUUAUCAUAAAAUAUUUAAUUACGCACCAUUAAUUUAUUUCGGCAUGAGUUAAUGUAUGACGAUUUAAAUUGUAUGGUUAAAUUAAUUUCGUAACAUGAAUUCGUAAAUAAAAUAAAAUUUAUUAAUCAAAACAAUGCAACGCAGAAAAUUGCAUUUUGCCUGUGUUUUGAGUAUUUUGAAAUGAAUAACUGAGGUUUAAUUUUGUUCUUGACUAAGCACUCCUGUGGACAUAGUAAAAUGUUCAACAGGUUUGCUAUAAAAAAAUUUUGGUAAUUAAAAAGCAAAAUUAAGCGUCAAUACAAAAAUUAAAAUAUAUAUUAUUUUGUACAUAAAUACUUUCAAGAGAAAAAUUUAUAAUAAUUUGAUUUUAAAAGACGAAUUCAUAUCCAAUACUUCUUAACUGCGUUUAUAUUAUUUUAACAAUUUAGGUGUUCUUAUUAUAUGUUUUUUGAACUAUUCCUCGAUAGGAAUAAGUAUAAUAACACCGACUUCGAUAAGUCGGUGUAUUGAUAGUCGGUAACGAUUGUGCGGUGGUUAUAUCGUGACAGUACCUUUAUGGCUCAGUAUCCAAUAGGUUCCAUCUGCAACCCUUCGAGAAGGCUCGAGGGUGCCAUACAAAGGAACGGAUAUAUUCUAUAAUUCUCUCACACUGCAAUUUUUAAUUAAAAUCUAUGACUAGUGUGUGUAUGCUUUUUAUGUUAUAUAUCAAACAGUUCCUUACGAAUUUUUGAUUGCGCCUCGUCGCAACACUUGUAUUUAUAGUUAAAAUCGUCCUUUCUGUACAAACGUAAGAAUCGUAUAGGGUGUUAAAUGUUUAAAUUAUUUUCUAAUGUACACACGAUCUACUGUGCGUAGUCGUAAUGUACGCUUCGAUAUUAUACUUGAACAGUAUAAAGAUAUUUUAUUAUUGAUUACAGUAAGUUAUUUAGGCAGGCAACGGCAGUGCGCCUAUAUACUGAUCGUAUUUAAGUUAAUAUACCUAUAUUAUUAUAGUCUCGCGCGGACGACAUUUGUUUGAAAAUUGUAUAAAGUGGAUUGUAAAUUUCGCGUUAAUUUUUAUCAUAAUUUUUACUGUGAAACAUUGUGUGUAGGUUGCAUUUACUAAUAUGUUAUGGUAGACUUAGUGUUUGUACCGAGUUAUCAUUAAAUGGGGAAUAUUAUUGUUAGUAGCCGAUGCGAAAGCGACCUUAUGUCGAAUGAACUGAUUUUCUUCGACAUUCAAAGUGGAGCAGCGAUGAAAUAUGUAUAAUGAUGUGUAAUUUUAGUUGGUACUACACGAUGGUGAUUUUGUCUAUUACUUUGAUUUUAUUUAAACUCGUGCGUAAUGUACUGUAUUCUGUAGGUGUUAAGGUUUAUUAUGAGUUAUUUUGCGUUAGUAGGCUCGUUAGGGACGCGAGCGGACAUUGAAACGUUUACGCUGUGUUUAACACUAUAUCACAUUAAUCAAAGGGAGUUUUAUAUUAUGUACAUAAUUACGUGUGUAGCGCGCGGUGACGGAUUACUUGUAUAGACGUAGAUUCAAGUAUAAUUAAUUAACGAGGAAAUAUUACAAAAAAAGAGAUAUCUAAGAAUUUUAUAAACAUUUUAGUACACACUAAUAAUAUUUUACGACUGUAACGCAUGUAUAUUCACGUUAGUUAGAGCGAAAUUGUUAUUUAAAAAAAAAGUAAAUGCUAAAAUGUUCUCUAUACAAAUUUAAUGCAAUUAACGACUGCAAUGCGUUUUAGUUAAUUAUUAUUAUAAUUUGGAUAGGUUUAGUGUUGAGAUAAUAUUAUUUUGCCGACUCGAAACGCGAUUAUGAGCGGGCGUGCGUCCGCGUUGCCUAGCAUCUUUCAACUGAACACAGAAGCCGUCUGGCAGGCCCCAAUUUUAUUUUUAGUAAUUUCGAACCUUAUCACGUACUAUUCAGUUACAAAUUAUAGACCGUGUUGCCAUCUGCCUUCCAUCGUAACUAUAAAAAAAAAACUUGAUUUGACAAUAUUUCAUUAUUAUUGAAAACCAACAGUUCCACGACCGUGUUCGACAAGAACGUAUUAAUUGAAAUUUUGAGUUGAGCAUACAAAAUUUAUUUUGUUUUGUGACGUACAUUUACCAUUGUUAAUAUUGUAGCAUAUGGAGCGAUCGAAUACUACAGGAACAGUCGAAAUUUCAAUUACUUUAUCAUUAAUAGAUAGCAGUUGCUUUCCUAUAAUUUCUAUUCACACAUGACUACUUAAAUUCAUCCGUCGAUUUACCCAAAACUCACUAUAUCAUCGACGAUUAUAUUUAAUCUUUAAAUUUAUGAGUUGCAACGCUAUCAAACUUUUCCAACUGUAUAUCUUUAGCGAUUGUGACGUAACCAGUAUUCUAAUAUUUUAGUUACGUGCAUAGAAAUUAUUGAAAAACAGCUGCUUACAUCCUGGCUUUAAUUGUUACUUACAUCGUAAAACUGUUUAAAGUAGUUGAUCGACGCUUGUGUUACGAUAUAUCUGAUGGCGAUUGUACUAUAACUAUUGUUAUUUCGACGCGAGUUGGAAGGCAGACGGGAACAGCCCCAAUCGAAUAUGCAUCGCGUUGGCUUCUCUGUAUAUAUAAGCUAUUAGUUAAGUCGAAUCGUACAAGUAUAAUAGUCAUUUCAUACAUUGGCGACUUGUCGCUUUAUGUAGUAAGAUACCAUCGUGAUACAUCUAUGCUUAUCAAUUACGUAUUUAGCUUUUAAGUGUUUUAAUUUAUAUAAUGUGUUAAUCAUUAUUUUAGUCAUCCGUCGUCUAUCAAAAGAUGAUACUUUCGUACAUUCUAUCAACAUUAUACAUACAUAAUUAUUAUGUAUUUUUAAAAUAAUUUUAUGACAAGACUAUGUAAUGUUAAUUUUCGUUAUUAUGUAGUUCACUAGCUUGCUGCUUGACAAUAAUGUUGUUUUAAGUUUACUCUGUGGUUGUAGUAUUUAGUGCGUUUAAUUAUGUUUCUUUUUUUCUUCUUAUUUUUCUAUCAAAUAUUACGUCGAUAUGUGUAUUGCGGAUAAUCAUGAAGACGUUACAUAUUAUUGGUACGUUAAAAGUGAAUGGGCAUUGACGAAAAAUAAAUACGAUUAACAUACAUUAAGACCAUAUAAUUGAAUGAAUCUACAUUUAUAUACGCGAAAACGAAGAAUAAAAGAAAGAAGAAGUGAUUCUGAAUAUCAAUUCAGAAUCACUAUUCUUAUUAUCUUAUCUGGAAAAUAUUAAACUUAUUUAUUAUUCAACUCAAUAAAAUAAUAUCCGUUUUAUACCCCACCCUUUUUUAACCGAUUGAAUAGUGGUAAAAAAAAUAUUUAAAAAAAAGUUAUUUUCUUUUUGUAUGUCAAGUCCUGGUAUCCGCAAUAUACAUCAAACCAUGGACCCUGUAAUCAGAUUCGCUGCUACGUUUAUAUUUUAUAUAUUGAAUUUACGCCGCUCGAUUGGUUAUAGCGCGGUGUAAAUUCGAAUUCUAACACAAUAAUAAACAUAAAAAGACGUUUUACUAAUACUUAAUUUAAUAUUUCAAAUUUCUAAUACUAGUUUUAUAGGGGUGUAUACUAACUGAUUCGUCUUAUUGUAAUAUUGUUAUAAUUAUUUAUUAGUGAUAAUUCGUCACUCAUGGAUCUCCUUUCGCUAUUCGUGACUAAACGAGUAAUAUUAAAAGUUGCGCGCACGCAAGUCGUUUGCAUGUGCUCUUCUUUAAGUAAGGGGGUAUUAAGACUAUGGGAGCUAUUUUAAAAUUAACUUUGUCCACUAACGCUCGUAAUAUAUGUGUUUAACUAUUCUGUUAUCUUGCCGUUUUGUGCAUUACUUGUGUUCUUUUAUUUUAUUUUCUGCACAGUCUUGGAAAUAAUAGGCUUAUGAGCGUUUGUGUAUAAGGUUGCAGAAGAUUUACUAUCACAGAUGUAAGGUUGCGGUCGGUUCAUCGUCUUCCUUUCUAUAUCAAUAUUUUUUGUCAUAAAAAAGUAACAUUUUAGAUGUCCCGUACAGUUUCAAUUUUACUACCAAUGAAAGAUUGCUCAUUCAGAUUUACAAUACAAUCAAAAUGUAUUUUUAAGACAUCUUUCUUUUUUAAAGGUUUCGAUCCUGACUCCGUGAUAGUUCAAAAACUUCUUAGCCAAAACGCAACGAAUCUGUUACACGGUCCAUGUUGUUAUAGUAGUGCGAGAUAGGUCCUGAAAUGGGACCGUUUGUAGCCAAUGAUCUCUGUCACGCACCCAUCUAUUCGAAUGCGCUACCUUUUACGAGUGUACUACCACUCCACACCUCAUCAUCGAAUUAGCGAUUCAUUACAUUUAAGAUGAUAUUUUACGAAGUUUUGGGGUUUACUUUUAAGUGCACUAUUAAAUGAUGGAAUGUUUAACUUUAUUCUUUAUGUGUAUAUUAACUAUUUUUUUUCGUUUUUAGUCGAUAAUUAUUUUCUCCCCUUGGCUUAAAAUUUCGCGUAGUCGGAUUUAAAAUUGCCUUAAUUAAUUAAUUAGUGAUUUCUGUAUAUGGGGCAUAUAUUCGGUCGUAUAAUUAAAUAAUGAAUAAUAAUAUAUUAUAAACAGUGUAAUGAACUGUCCGUCGGCGUGAUUCUGUGAUUUUACUCAUAUGUAGAAAAUGAAAUGAAAGUACGUUCGGAACUGUCUUGUAAAUUUUGGGUUGUUGCAAUAAGAUGAAAAAGUAAAUUGUUCACUCAUAUGUGUAAAAUGGCAUUUUGCUUAGCAAUUGUAAGAAUUGGUGCCCCCCUUUUGUUUUAUGUGUAUAUUAGUUGUACGUACAAUGCGGUGAUCUCGCUCGUAAUCCAUUUCCAUGCCCCCAUGUUUAUAGCAAUGACAAUAAUGUGUGGAUUAAUGCCGUUUGUAAUGUACAAAAUAGUCCCUGUGUAUGAGUUGUGCUGCGAAAAGCGCGCGGACGCACCGCGCACGUUUUUAGUUCUACACCGCUGUGAUUGUAGGUACUCUAUAUUAUUAUUAUUAUACUUUUACCCAUUGUUGUAUCGGUGGAAACUAUUAAGUAUAGUUUUACGUUUGAUUUUAAUGAUUUCAUACAAUAAUAACUCUGUAAGUACCGGCUGGUACGAGCUGAACGCUAACUCUGAUGGGUAUUUCUUUUUUUUAAUGUUUUAAUUUAGCAUUAGAGCGCUUGUGUAACACAAGUCGAAAUGAUUAACACAUGUUUUAAAUUCGAUAUGUGGGGUGAUCGGGGGAUAUAUGUAGCACUGAUGUUGCUUAAGUUUUUUCUUCAAUAAUAAUAAAUAAUAAUCAAAUAGUUAUUAUUAGAGAGCAAAUUGUAAAUAAACAUCAAAGUAUCCCUUUUUA